ACCACUUAUUUUUGUCUGCCACUUGCCCAUCUUCUCCAAACACCCUUUUUUUUUUUCAAAUCUUUUUUUAAUAGCAAUUAUAGUACUAGAAAUUUCAGCAAACCAACACCCUCCACAUAAAAUAAUACAAAGUGGAUGCUCCAGCCAACCAUUAGAUAACGCUAAAAAAACAUUAAGGAAUAUUCUUCUGGGAACCCAAUAGUGCGUGUGUGUCUGUGGUGGCUCCAGAGAUGGGGAGAUUUGGCUAAUAAAGGAGCCUUUUAGCUCUACGAAGUUAGGACCCUUCUUUUUUAGCUUUAGGAAAUUAGGACCCUCUUUAUAGUUUUAUCGCACGGUUGGUUUAAUACUAUAGGAUUUAUGGUCAUCAAUCAAUCAUCAUCCAGGAAAAAUAAAAAGAAAGAAGAGGAAAGAAAAAGUCCACCACCAUCACUUCCACCUCCACCAUCACCACCACCUUGCACUACUACCAGCCGGCCCAAAAAGUAAACGCUUACGGGAUAUCCAAUAUAUUUUUAUUUACCAUUUGUGUUGUAUUAAAUAUUUUGCAUGGGGUAAGGGCUAUUAUAAUAUCAAAGAUUAAACGUCAUGGCCCACGCACCCAUUAUCUCUCUCUCUCUCACUCAUUUUGCUCUUCUGUCUUUCUUUUGGUCAAUGGAGGUUUUCCUACUAUUAUCUCCAAAUCUAUGUUAUUCUUUUAGAGAUAUCAGAUGAUGAUCAUGUACUUGUCCUCUUCUUUUUUCUCUUCCUCUUCUUGGUUUUGUUCUUCUUCUUCAAAUUCUCGUUCUUGAUAUUCUUUCUCUGUCUCAUUGAUAAGGUCGAUUAUGAUUGAUGUUAAAGACAACAACUUUCUUGGUCUCGCUUUCUUGGGUUAUCUAUUAGUAGUGCUUACACCAAAAGAAUCAAGAGGAUCUUCCUCUUCUUUAGUUAUGGUCUUGUUGGUUUUGGCAGUGAUAAAUUUACUGUUUUUGCCUUCUUGCUGUGUUUCAGCUGCUUGUAAUCAAGAUGAUCAUGAUUCUUUAUUACCCUUCUAUUCCAAUUUAUCAUCUUUUCCUCCUUUGGGUUGGUCUCCUUCUAUUGAUUGCUGUAACUGGGAAGGAAUCGAGUGUAGAGGUAUUGAUGAUCGAGUCACUCGUCUUUGGCUGCCCUUUAGAGGUCUAAGUGGUGCUCUUUCCCCUUCUCUUGCUAAUCUCACUUAUCUAUCUCAUCUCAAUCUGUCCCAUAAUAGACUCUUUGGUCCUAUCCCCCAUGGUUUUUUCUCUUAUCUCGAUAAUCUGCAGAUUCUUGAUCUGAGCUAUAAUCGUUUAACUGGGGAAUUACCUUCUAAUGAUAAUAACACCAACGUGGCCAUCCAGCUGGUGGACUUGUCCAGUAAUCAAUUAAGUGGGACAAUUCCAUCAAAUUCGAUACUCCAAGUAGCUAGGAAUUUGAGUAGCUUCAACGUUAGCAACAAUAGCUUCACAGGCCAAAUUCCAUCCAACAUCUGUACUGUUUCUUUUAGCUCCAUGAGUAUACUUGAUUUCUCCUAUAAUGAUUUCAGUGGCAGUAUUCCCUUUGGAAUAGGGAAAUGUUCGAACCUGAGGAUUUUCUCUGCAGGUUUCAAUAAUCUUUCUGGGACGAUCCCUGAUGAUAUAUACAAGGCAGUCUUGCUUGAACAACUCUCUUUGCCUCUCAACUACCUCUCUGGUACCAUCAGUGAUUCCCUGGUCAAUCUCAAUAACCUCAGGAUUUUCGAUCUCUACUCCAAUAAUUUGACUGGUUUGAUACCUAAAGAUAUCGGGAAGCUCUCUAAAUUGGAACAGUUGCAGCUUCACAUCAACAAUCUCACAGGUACUCUGCCUGCAUCUCUGAUGAAUUGUACUAAACUAGUUACAUUGAAUUUGCGGGUGAACUUAUUGGAAGGGGAGCUGGAGGCUUUUGAUUUCUCCAAACUUCUCCAACUUAGCAUCCUCGAUCUAGGUAACAAUAACUUCAAAGGUAAUUUGCCCACUAAGCUUUAUGCAUGCAAAUCGCUAAAAGCUGUUAGACUUGCCUAUAAUCAGCUAGGGGGACAGAUUUUACCUGAAAUACAAGCACUAGAAUCUCUGUCUUUCCUGUCAGUUUCUUCCAACAAUCUAACCAAUCUUACUGGGGCUAUACAAAUUAUGAUGGGUUGCAAGAACCUAACUACUCUCAUCCUUUCAGUGAAUUUCAUGAAUGAAACCAUACCAGAUGGAGGCAUAAUUGACUCAAAUGGAUUCCAGAAUCUCCAGGUUCUGGCUUUGGGUGCUUCAGGACUCUCUGGUCAAGUACCCACCUGGCUGGCUAAGCUCAAGAACCUAGAGGUCUUGGACCUGUCUCUAAAUCGGAUCACCGGAUUGAUUCCCAGUUGGUUGGGUAACCUACCAAGUCUUUUCUAUGUAGACUUGUCUCGUAACUUCCUUUCAGGAGAGUUUCCUAAGGAGCUUGCAGGAUUGCCAACACUAGCAUUUCAAGGGGCUAAAGAACUAAUAGAUCGGAGUUAUCUUCCAUUGCCUGUAUUUGCUCAGCCCAAUAAUGCUACCUAUCAGCAGUACAAUCAGUUGUCUAACCUGCCACCAGCUAUAUACUUGGGAAACAAUCACCUUAGUGGUGAUAUCCCAAUAGAGAUUGGCCAAUUAAAGUUUCUUCAUGUGUUGGAUUUGAGUAAUAACAACUUCUCUGGCAACAUUCCCGAUCAACUAUCAAAUCUCACCAACUUAGAGAAAUUGGAUCUCUCGGGAAACCAACUAUCCGGAGAAAUCCCUGCAUCACUUAGAGGUCUCCAUUUCUUGUCUUCAUUCAGUGUCAGAGACAACAAUCUUCAAGGGCCUAUACCUUCUGGAGGUCAGUUUGAUACUUUUCCUAUUUCCAGCUUUGUAGGAAAUCCAGGAUUGUGUGGUCCAAUUUUGCAGCGUUCUUGCUCCAAUCCAUCAGGAUCUGUCCAUCCUACUAACCCUCACAAAAGCACAAACACAAAACUGGUAGUUGGACUUGUCCUGGGGUCCUGUUUUUUGAUUGGUUUAGUAAUAGCUGCGGUAGCACUGUGGAUAUUAUCAAAGAGAAGGAUCAUUCCAAGAGGCGACAGCGAUAAUACAGAGAUGGAUACACUUUCUAGUAACUCUGGCUUGCCUCUUGAGGCAGACAAGGAUACUAGUCUGGUUAUAUUGUUCCCAAACAAUACUAAUGAGCUCAAGGAUUUAACCAUAUCUGAACUCUUAAAAGCCACGGACAAUUUUAAUCAAGCAAAUAUUGUUGGGUGUGGCGGUUUUGGUUUGGUUUAUAAGGCAACAUUGGCAAACGGGAUUAUGCUGGCUAUCAAGAAACUCUCAGGAGAAAUGGGUCUAAUGGAAAGGGAAUUUAAAGCAGAGGUAGAGGCUUUGUCUACUGCCCAACAUGAGAAUCUGGUUUCGUUGCAAGGUUAUUGUGUAUAUGAAGGUUUCAGGCUGCUUAUAUAUUCCUACAUGGAGAAUGGAAGUUUGGAUUACUGGUUACAUGAGAAGGUUGAUGGUGCAUCACAAUUAGAUUGGCCAACUCGACUAAAGAUUGCAAGGGGAGCAAGUUGUGGUCUUGCUUAUAUGCACCAAAUAUGCGAACCUCACAUUGUGCAUCGAGAUAUCAAAUCCAGCAAUAUCCUUCUUGAUGAAAAGUUUGAAGCUCAUGUGGCAGAUUUUGGAUUGUCCAGGUUAAUUCUUCCUUAUCAGACUCAUGUUACAACUGAGCUUGUUGGUACUCUAGGUUACAUUCCUCCAGAGUAUGGGCAAGCAUGGGUAGCAACAUUGAGAGGAGACAUGUACAGUUUUGGGGUUGUAAUGCUUGAGCUGCUUACCGGGAAGAGACCUGUAGAGGUAUUCAAGCCAAAGAUGUCAAGAGAAUUGGUGGGUUGGGUUAUGCAAAUGCGGAAGGAUGGCAAACAAGAUCAAAUCUUUGACCCUCUACUGAGAGGAAAGGGCUUUGAUGAUGAGAUGCUGCAAGUGCUAGAUGUUGCCUGUUUGUGUGUUAACCAGAACCCUUUUAAGAGGCCAACAAUCAAUGAGGUUGUUGACUGGCUGAAAAAUGUAGGCUCGCAAAGAAACCAAAAUAAGGGUUAGUGAAAAGAUUUUGCACAUAUUAAGAAGUACAGGUACAUACACUUGCACAGAAUGGAGUUAUUAAUGUAUAUUUUCACAUCAUUCUACUAAUGUAAAUGGGAAUGGGAGUUAGACA